UUUCUUGAGCUGUUUGUGUCACUUUCUAAAAAAAAUCUUAACCCUCACCUUAUCUAAUCCUAACCACACUGUUAACUUCAUGCCUGGCCUUAAAUGAAGAUCAGAUUGCCAGUUUUCUUUCUCCAACUUAAAUUUUGUGGUUAUGUCAUCUAAUUUUUGAGAAGUGGAAACAAACUGAGUUACGAGUGGUGUAGUGACUACCUGAGGCAAAACAGUGACCGCUCUCUACCUCGAGGAAACGUGAAGUAUUUUGCCUAUUCUGCAGCGACAAACUAAACAGACAUGACUCCGGCUGUUGGAAAAAAGGCCACUGGGCUUAUAGCUGCCACUUUCACACCGCUCACUCCCGAAGGUGAAAUUAACCUAGCAGAGAUCGGACCCUACGUUGAUUACCUGUUAGAGCAGCAAGGGGUUAAGAGUAUAUUUGUCAACGGCACGACCGGAGAAGGCAUGUCUCUCACUGUGGAAGAAAGGAAGAUGCUGGCAGCGGAGUGGUGUAGUAAGGCAAAAAACAAGCUAGAAAAUGUCAUAGUGCAUGUAGGCUGCAUGAGCCUGAAGGACUCCCAGGAACUGGCACAGCAUGCUGGUGAAAUCGGUGCUGAUGGGAUAGCAGUGAUCUCACCUUCUUUCUUUAAACCUGCCACUGUAGGUGCGCUGAAGAUGUUCCUCCAGGAAGUGGCUGCAGUCGUCCCUGCGGUGCCCUUCUACUAUUAUCACAUUCCAGCCAUGACAGGGGUCCACUUGCGAUCAAGGGACGUGUUGGAGGGGAUCGACGCGGAGAUCCCCUCAUUCAGGGGCCUGAAGUUUAGCGGAAGUGACCUGAUGGACUUUGGCCAGUGUGUCAGCUACAGCCCGUCUCACUGGUCACUCUUAUACGGCAUGGAUGAACAACUGCUAGGAGCUUUGGCUAUGGGUGCCAAUGGUGCAGUGGGAAGCACAUACAACUACCUGGGCAGCAGUGUGAACAGACUCAUAUCAGCCUUCAAUAAAGGGGACCUCACUAUGGCCAGGACUUUACAGUUCCAAGUGCAAGAUAUCCUCUGUUAUGCAAUGGACUGUGGGUUUGACUUGGCUGUCAAUAAGCAGCUGAUGAGUGAAGUGUCAGGACUGGUUCUGGGCCCUCCGCGCCUGCCCCUGCUACCCUGCCCCCAGUCCAAGGCGGUCUCCAUUGCACGGAAACUCAAACAGGUCCUGGGUGUGCAAUGACAGCAGCUCCGGGGCUUCACUUUGUAGUCUGUCUGGGAGUUUUAGAGUCAGUAAAAACACUAAUGCAGGAACUGUGCCUUAAUAAUCGAGAGGAAGAUCAAGGAAUGCGAAUAGCUUAAUAACAAUCUAUAUACCGAAUGUAAUAACGGUUUACAAACUGAAAUUUAAAUAUGUAAAGAUACCUGCUUAAAGUUUGAUUUCACUGACUAUUGCCGGCACAAAUAUUAAAAAGAUGCAAAGAGCAUUCCAAGCAGUCCGAAAUGCCUAAAAACAUCACAAGUUUCUAAGAAUAGAACUGUCCAAGAUUCAGAGUGUCAUGAGAAUAGUGAUUCUAAGGGAACCAUUAGACUGGAUUGUACAGAUUGGCUACAGUUACAGAGGGACUGUUAUCUUCAUUGUUUGUUUUCUUUUCAUCCUUGUUGUUUACCAGAAAAACACAUGUUUCUGUGACCAUUACAUUUCAUACUGUAUUAGAUUGUGUAUAACAUAUACUGCAGUUUUGAUUUACUCAGGCUAUGUUAAAUUGGUCUUAAAGUGUGAAAUGAACUCUUUCCAGUAUUUUGGCCUGGAUAAUGUAUUAAAAAUAGCCUUUGAUUUCAGUUUAUUACAGCAUAGAUACACUUGUGGGAGUAAAAGGGACCUAUAAACAAAACUUGAAUCAUUUUUGUAAACACAGCCUUAGUACAUAUGGAUGAAAAAUAUCCACUGUUUUUACUUGUUUUGGAAUACUAGCAUCUAUAAAUGUUCUCUGAUCAUU